GAUUCAUCCAAGCAACGCAUCCAAUCCUACACGCUAUGGGUUCGAUUGCUAAUAACAUGCCUGAGCGUGACUGGCAAGAUAUCGUUGCUCGCAAACGCGGAGAUCAGGCCAAGGCAAUAGAAGCCUUUUUACAGAAGCACCCGAGGACAAAGCCUGCCAGUGAUGAAGGCGAAAUCUGUUCUUUAGAACACGAAGAUCUCCUGGACUCACUUAAUCGGGGUAAAAUAAAAGCUGAAAGUGUAGCACUGGCCUACAUCUAUAGGGCAAUAGAGUCACAUCAAAAGACUAAUUGCUUAACCGAGCUUCUGUUCGACCAGGCUCUUGAACGAUCCCGUGAGUUGGAUGAGUAUCUCCGUCGGCAAGGCAAGCCGAUAGGUCCGCUACAUGGAUUGCCGAUUUCCCUCAAAGAUCAAUUCAAUGUCAAGGGCUUUGACUCGACUUUGGGUUACGUCGGCAGGGCAUACUCUCCCUGCACCGAGGAUGCGACCCUUGUCACUAUCUUGACCCAGCUGGGCGCUGUGAUUAUUGCCAAAACAAAUAUCCCACAAAGCAUCAUGAUGGCAGAAACUGAAAAUCCCCUCUGGGGACUUACCGUCAACCCAAAUGACCCUUCGUUUACCCCAGGUGGUUCAUCUGGAGGUGAGUCUGCCUUACUCGCAUGCAAAGGCUCUAUGAUUGGUUGGGGAACAGAUAUCGGGGGAUCUAUCCGAGGACCAUGUAGUAUGAUGGGCUUGUAUGGGCUUAAACCGAGUAAUGGCCGUCUCCCAUACUAUAAUGUUGCUGUAUCUACCGAAGGGCAGGAACAUGUCCCAUCCGUCAUCGGGCCUAUGGCACGAUCAUUGCACUCACUUACUGAAGCCACCAAAGCUGUGAUUGACUCGCAGCCCUGGGACCUGGAUCCACGAUGCAUCGCUUUACCGUGGAGGUCUGCAUUGUACCGAGAAGUCCAGUCUCGCCCAUUGACCAUUGGCGUUAUCUGGGAUGAUGGUGUCGUCAAAGUUCAUCCACCCAUUCAACGGGCACUCGAUCAUCUGGUUUCCAAGCUGAGGUCGGCUGGCCAUGAAAUAGUUACUUGGGAUCCAGUAGGCCAUGCAGGCAUUAUUAACAUCCAGGACCAAUACUACACAGCCGAUGGUGGCGAAGAUAUUCGCCGUGACAUUGGUGUUUGCAACGAGCCCUUCCUACCAUACGUGAAAGCCUUGGUUGACAGGGGAGGCCCUAUCUCUGUCUAUGAAUAUUGGCAGCUCAAUCGACAGAAGCUAGGUUGUCAGAAGAUGUAUCUUGAUCUGUGGAACAACACUCGAGGGCCGAUCUCUGGGUGCACCGUGGACGUGCUCCUUGCUCCGGUGAUGCCACAUCCAGCAGUGCCUCAUAACUCCUGCCGCUGGGUUGGAUAUACAAAAGUAUGGAACUUCCUUGACUAUCCAGCUCUCAGUUUCCCGGUCACAGCGGUUUCGAAGGACAUUGAUAUGGCUGAUCCUUCGUAUCAGCCUCGCAAUCCGAUGGAUGAAUGGAAUUGGCAGUUGUAUGAUCCAGAAAGGAUGAAUGGUCAUCCGAUUGGGCUACAAAUUAUCGCUCAGAGACUCCAGGAAGAAAAGGUCUUGGCAGCAGCGAAAGUUUUUGAACGCUUGCUUAAUGAUUAGACAAGGUUGAUAGAAAGAGAAGAUCUUAUUGCGUGCUUGGUCUUUAAGAGUUAAUGCAACAGAUAUUGUUGGUGGGUAUAGUGCGUUGAAUCUUAUCGCAUUUCCCACUACAGCCAGUACGUCUUUGGCUGGGUAUAUACAAAGCUCUGCCUCAUCAAAUCGUCUAAAUCGCC